AUGAAAGGCGCUCUGCAAUUGGCAUUUUUGGUGGUUCUGGUAUAUUCAUCACUAGCUGAGAUUGGCGCCACCAGGAUUGCGCGUCAUCUGCAAACCAAAGCUCAUGGCCAUAUCUCUGUGGACCAAGUCUUGGAUAACCGAACUCGGAGCCUAGCAAUUAUCCGUGCCACAUUACAAAUCACCCCAGAAUGCCGUCUCAAGGGCCUGGAUUGGGUCAAGAUGGGACUACUUCCUCCAAUGCAGGUUUUUCAGAAGAUGCAGGAACUAUUGAGAGAGGUUUCAAACAUCGACCAAAGUAUAGUUCAUCCUGGAGCGGCGGUGAAAGAAAAAUGUGACAACUUCCUCAAUGGUGUGGAUCCCGCUGAGCAGAUGUUGGCUAAAAGGAUAGUUAACGAAGUGGCGGAGACACUGGGGUUUUAG